ACCAACACCACAGACACCAAGAAUCUUUCACUGUCUCACGCACGCAGAGCCACUCGCACAUUUUUGGCCGGCGAUGGAGGUGACCCCGAAGCACACGCAGGCGGUGAGCGGGUGGGCGGCCAUGGAGCCCUCCGGCGAGGUGGUGCCCUUCGCCUUCAAGCGCCGGGAGAACGGCGUGGACGACGUCACCAUCAAGGUGCACUACUGCGGCAUGUGCCACACCGACCUCCACUUCAUCAACAACGACUGGGGCAUCACCAUGUACCCCCUCGUGCCCGGCCACGAGAUCACCGGCGUCGUCACCCGGGUCGGCGCCAACGUCUCCGGCUUCCGCCCCGGCGACCGCGUCGGCGUCGGAUGCAUCGCCGCCUCCUGCCUCGACUGCGACCACUGCCGCCGCUCCGAGGAGAACUACUGCGACAAGGUCGCGCUCACCUACAACGGCAUCUUCUGGGACGGCAGCGUCACCUACGGCGGCUACUCCAGCAUGCUCGUCGCCCACAAGCGCUUCCUCGUGCGCAUCCCGGACGCCCUCCCGCUCGACGCCGCCGCGCCGCUGCUGUGCGCCGGGAUCACCGUGUACAGCCCCAUGAAGCAGCACGGGAUGCUGCUGGGCGAGCCCGGGCGGCGGCUGGGCGUGGUCGGGCUGGGCGGGCUCGGCCACGUCGCCGUCAAGUUCGGCAAGGCGUUCGGGCUCAAGGUCACCGUCAUCAGCACGUCGCCGGCCAAGGAGCGCGAGGCGAGGGAGAGCCUCAAGGCCGACGACUUCGUCCUGAGCACCGACGAGAGGCAGAUGCACGCCAUGGCUCGGAGCCUGGACUACGUGAUCGACACGGUGUCGGCGCAGCACUCGCUGGGGCCCAUCCUGGAGCUGCUCAAGGUGAACGGGAAGCUGGUGCUGGUGGCGGCGCCGGACAAGCCGGUGGAGCUGCCGUCCUUCCCGCUCAUCUUCGGGAAGAGGACGGUGAGCGGGAGCAUGACGGGGGGCAUGAAGGAGACGCAGGAGAUGAUGGACCUGUGCGGGGAGCACGGCAUCACCGCCGACAUCGAGCUCGUCUCCACCGACGGGAUCAACGACGCGCUGGCCAGGCUCGCGCGCAACGACGUCCGCUACCGCUUCGUCGUCGACGUCGCCGGCACUGGCUCCAGGCUCUAGUCACCAGACUCUGGCUUGCUGCUCGUUCCGUCAGAAAGAAAGGAUGGGUACCCUACUUCAUUUUCAGAUCAGUUCAGUUUCAGAGUAUGAUAGGAGGAAGUCCGUAAUUCUGUCGGCAUCCAAUUGGACAGGACAACGUUCUUAAUUUGUCUUCUGCAAUUAAAUUGUGGUAAAGUGCCACAAAAAAGGGAAUUUCAUCGACAUCUGUAUUAUAUAUUUAUUUUACUGUUUUGUA